AUUUCCAUUUUCCAUCUAUCCUCCCAGCUAAGUUCUCGCCUUCCUCCAAAUCUGCUCCCCUCAACACCUCGAUCCUUUGCCAAACGCAAAUUGCUAUAUCGACCACUUUUUGUCGCCAUCGCCAUCUCAACUCAUCAACGAGACCUUAAAUCGACCCUUGCGACUACGUUCCUACCGAUCUAAGCUGCCCAAGCUCGAUAUUCAUCGACCUGCACCUCUUUGAAAAACCACCAGUCCGAAACUCGACCAAAAUGUUCUCCAGAUCUCUCCGCGUCGCCUCUCGCAGGGUCCUUGCGACCUCUGUCCGUCCUUCCACCCUGCCCGCUCGUCAGCUUGCACCUGCUGUCACUGUCGGCGCGACGAGGGGAUACCACGAGAAGGUCCUUGACCACUACUCCCGCCCCCGUAACGUCGGUUCCAUGCCCAAGGGCGACCAGGACGUCGGCCAAGGUCUCGUCGGUGCGCCCGCUUGCGGUGAUGUCAUGAAGCUCAACAUCCGUGUCGACCCCAAGACCAAUGUCAUCUCCGACGUCAAGUUCAAGACCUUCGGCUGCGGGUCCGCCAUCGCCUCCUCCAGCUACCUCACCGAGCUCGUCCGUGGAAUGACCUUGGAGCAGGCCGGCCGCGUCAAGAACACCGAGAUUGCCCAGGAGCUCAAGCUUCCUCCCGUCAAGCUCCACUGCAGCAUGCUUGCCGAGGACGCUAUCAAGGCCGCCAUUUCCGACUACUACACCAAGAACCCCAACGCGAAGCCCACCAACCUGGCCGGCACCGAGGUCAAGGCCGAGUCUGCCGCCUCCGCCUCCGCAUAAACAACUCCACCGAUACCUUUCUUUUGUCACGCGUCAUUGGAGUUCGGCUGGGGGAGGGAUGAAGAGAGGACAUCCCCGGGUGUGAGGCCUAGAGGGAAGGGCA